GUCCCUGGGAAGGCAGCCAGACGACAGCAGUAGCUCGUCCCUCAAGGCCCAGAGCUUUCACGGGACUUCCUCCGGCCCCUGACCCCCCAGCCUGUGCCCAGCUCUGGGCAACCUCAGAGGCCCCAGGCCCAGGCGACAGCCACGGGCAGAGUGGCCGGUGCAGCCCAGCAGCCAUGUCAGGAGACCUGGCCGGCCCCGAGACCUUGAGCCUGGAGGAGCUCUCGGAGAGGUAUGAGUCCAGCCACCCGCCAUCCACGGCCUCUGUCCCUGAGCAGGACACCGCCAAACGCUGGAACCAGCUGGAGCAGUGGGUGGUGGAGCUGCAGGCCGAGGUGGCGUGCCUGCGGGAGCACAAGCAGCGCUGUGAGCGCACCACACGGAGCCUGCUGCGGGAGCUGCUCCAGGUGCGGGCUCGCGUGCAGCUACAGGGCUCAGAGCUGAGGCAGCUGCAGCAGGAGGUGCGGCGGGCAGCCCAGGCCCCUGAGAAGGAGGCACACGAGUUCUCUGGUCUCCAGAACCAGAUGCAAGCCCUGGACAAAAGGCUGGUGGAGGUCCGGGAAGCCUUGACUCAGCUCAGGAGGAGGCAGGCGCAGCAGGAGGCAGAGAGAAGGGGCGCCGAGCAGGAGGCCGGCCUCAGGCUGGCCAAGCUUACCGACUUGCUGCAGCAGGAGGAGCAGGGCCGGGAGGUGGCCUGCGGCGCCCUGCAGAAGAACCAGGAGGACAGCAGCCGGAGGGUGGACCUGGAGGUGGCCAGGAUGCAGGCCCAGGUGACCAAGCUCGGUGAAGAGGUGAGCCUGCGCUUCCUGAAGAGGGAGGCCAAGCUGUGCGGCUUCCUGCAGAAGAGCUUCCUGGCCCUGGAGAAGAGAAUGAAGGCCUCGGAGAGCUCGCGGCUGAGGCUGGAGGGCAGCCUUCGGGGCGAGCUGGAGAGCCGGUGGGAGAAGCUUCGGGGGCUGAUGGAGGAGCGCCUGCGGGCCCUACAGGGGCAGCAUGAGGAGAGCCACCUCCUGGAGCAGUGCCAGGGCCUGGAUGCCGCCGUGGCCCAGCUGACCAAGUUCGUGCAGCAGAACCAGGCAUCGCUGAACCGCGUCCUGCUGGCCGAGGCGAAGGCCUGGGAUGCCAAGGGGCGCUUGGAGGAGAGCCGGGCCGGGGAGCUGGCUGCCUAUGUGCAGGAGAACCUGGAGGCCGCACAGCUGGCCCGCGAGCUGGCCCGGCAGGAAAUGCAUGGCGAGCUGGUGCUGCUCCGAGAGAAACACCGGGCUCUGGAGGCAUCAGUGGCGCAGCUGGCCGGGCAGUUAAAGGAGCUGAGUGGCCGCCUCCCGGCUCUGAGCAGCCGGCUGGAUCUGCAGGAGCAGAUGCUGGGCCUCAGGCUGUCGGAGGCAAAGACCGAAUGGGAAGGUGCAGAGAGGAAGUCUCUGGAGGACCUGGCCAGGUGGCAGAAGGAGGUCGCCGCGCACCUGCGGGGGGUGCGGGAGAAGGUGGAUGGCCUCCCCCAGCAGAUAGAGGGCGUCUCGGACAAGUGCCUGCUCCACAAGAGUGAUUCGGACCUCAGGAUUUCCGCUGAAGGCAAGGCCAGGGAGUUCGAGGUUGGGGCCCUGCGGCAGGAGCUGGCCACGCUGCUGUUGUCCGUGCAGCUGCUGAAGGAAGACAGCCCUGGGCGGAAGAUCGCGGAGAUGCAGGGCAAGCUGGCCACGUUUCAGAACCAAAUAAUGAAGCUGGAAAACUGUGUCCAGGCCAGCAAGACUAUCCAGAACCUCAGGUUCAACACUGAGGCCCGGCUGCGCACGCAGGAGAUGGCCGCCCUGCGGGAGAGCGUGCUGCGGCUGCGCAGUGAGGAGGGCCCGCAGACGCUGCUGGGCAGCUGGAAGGUGCUGCCAUCCCUGGCGAGGCUGCGCGUCUUCAUCAAGGACACGGUGCCAAGCGAGGUGGUGCCCGUGAACUGCUGGGGCGUGUACCAGGCGGUGAGGUGGCUGCGGUGGAAGGCAUCCCUCAUAAAGCUCAGGGCCCUGCGGAGGCCAGGAGGGGUCCCAGAGAAGCCCCACAGCCAGGAGCAGGUGCAACAGCUCACACCCUCGCUCUUUAUCCAGAAAUAAACGAACCAGCCUUGUACUCAUUAGAGCUGAGGUUCCCCGAUGCGUGCCAGCGAACAGCCUGCCCAGGGCCUGUGGGGUGAGAGGGGUGGUGAG